CGAUCUGGAUCUACCUCCUCCUAAAAAUUCCGCCGUGGGUGUUUCUGUUAUUUUCUGUUGAUUUUGUUUAGAACUGUGUUUAAGUUUGUAUGUGUUUCCUUGGAAAAUGAAUGAAAAAAAUCAAGAAAAAUUAUUCAUUUCGCAAUGAUCUUGUAUUCUAUCACCAUGAAGCCAUUUCUAGCGACUAACUUAUUGUGUUGGGGUUAUAACCCCUUGCUGCCUACAACCAGCCCUGCGCCCUUGCGCCCUUGCUCUUGUGCCCCUGUGCCCCUGCACCGCGAGCCAGCCCUGCACUCUGCGCCUCUCCUUUCGCCCGCACCCGAGCCCAGAUCCCUCUCCGCUGUGCCCCACUGCCAGCCAUCAUUCCCCUGCCAUGCCUACGCCCAACCUUACUCUGCCCUACCCCCUGCCAGCCUGCACCUGCCCUGCACCGAGCCUAGGCCUUGCUCCUACACCUGCCCUACAUCGAGCCUGGCCCCAAUCCCGCGCCUUCUGCACCAGAUCCCCUGCCCUUUCUGCACCCGAAUCGCCUGCAUUCUGCACCAGCCAUCACCGGCAAUCAUGCCUUGCACGCCCGAGCCAUCAUACCCCCCUACGCCCCUCUGCUACACCAAAUCACCUGCCCUUCCUGUCGGCCUUGCUUCCUGCACCAGCCUUGCUCUACGCCCCAAUCCCAUGGCCCUACCUUCUGCACACUACAAAAAACAUCAAUACCAGACAAAUUGGGAAAACACUCCGACGCUCAAGUCAGUAAUCCUCAAUAUUCUAGAGAGAGAUGCUCUCAAGGACCCCUUGGCGCUGACAUACAUCUGCACGUGUGAGCAUCCCAUUGGCCCACGUGAUGCUGGUCACGUGGGUAUGCUUGUACUGAUGCUCCUUCAGCUUGGACUAAUGGGCGGUAACCUAGGCCCGUUAUGCACAGCCCUGUUUGGGCCGACCUCGACGAUGGCCGAGCUAAAAGGUGAAACGAAAAGAGGCGAGCUCGCGAGCCUGAAAGCGACAGAGCAUCGAAUCACACGCCAUAACUUCGCAUCCUUUUCAGGUAGAAUGGUUUCGUUGAGAGAACUUACAGAACAACGAGGUAACCAAGGCAGAGAUGGAGAAGAGGAAGGGGUUUUAUCAGUGGAGCCUAUCACGAUGAUAGUGCCGCCUGAGUUGCAGGACUUGCUGGAAACAAUGGCGCUUGAGAGAAGCGCCAGUUCGAGUGCUAGGGACGACAGUGGCGACCACCCUGCUGCAUCAUUUAGCAGCUCGUCCUCAGAAGAGACACCUAGCCGCGAGGAAGGGAUGGGGGAUGUGGUUAGCCAUGUCUCAGAUCGGCCCAUGAUUGGAGAGUGGGAGAGCAAGACAAUCACGGCCAGGUUGGGCAACCUGCGAAAGGCGCCCAAGGACCUGCCUGCUGGAUUUAGGUUCCGGGCUGCCUUACAUCAUGAAGUGGCAGACUGUGCGCCCUUUAUAAGUGGAUAUAGGAAAUUGGAGGAGAUGGUGAGGGCGCACCACAUCCUCAGGACAAUCCUGCUCCGGACUGGCGCCAAGAGCGAGAGGGCGUUCACGAUAUCGCAGACGGGCUGGAUACCCGUGUACGUGGAUCACUUUGAGGCCGGGCUGCGAUUUCCCCUGCCCGGAUUGGUGUUUGAUCUGUUGGUGGAUUAUGAGUUGGCGCUGACGCAGCUGACGCCCAACAGCAUAAGGUUCAUUAUUGGCUUUAUGCUGUUGUGUGCGCGAUUAAAGGUACCAGCCAAGGCGAUCGUGUUCAGGUCGCUGUUUCAAUGCCGGCUGUGUCCCAACUCCAGAGGCGCGAAGUGGUACUACCUCUCCGGGAGAGAGAAGAGCCAGUUGUUCAAGAAUAUCCGGAACAAGGUGGCGAGGUGGAAGAGGCAAUUCAUAUUUGUUCACGACACGCGAACAGAGAGAAUAAGUAACGACCUCGCUGCCCGGCUAUCUAAGUGGUGUGUGCCCAAUGCACACGUCAACUACCCUCAAUUACUGCCACGGGACACAGACCUCAAAAAUCAAAAAUCAGCUGCUGGACUAUGCGAGGAGGGAGAAUCUGAUAGAUCUAGAUGCCCUGGUUACCUCGGAGCAGCUCGUUGUGUUCGGCAUUCUCGAACGCCAACGCCAAUGAGCACAGAGCUCACGAGGCCGCAGAGCGGGCAGCACCUCGCAGAGACAGACGCGGAGAUGGAGAACGAAGAAGAUGAGGUCCCUCUUGCUCGGUGCAGAACAAGUGGGGGGACUCAGCCCGCGCAGGCGGUCCGUCCUGCAACCGUUCGUUCACCCAACGCGCCGUCAUCGACUGCGCGAGCGAUAGUAGAGCCCGCCUCUGCAUCGGCUUCGGUGUCGGGCCCCAGGAUCACUUAUCCUGAGGGCUUCAGCUAUUAUGGCGGCCAGGUCGCCAUGAUCAAAUUGAUGGAUGCAUUCAGCUACACUGUAGCUCUGUACGAGAACGAGCAGAGAGCUCGUACACAGAACAGCGAGCUCGGUUCUAGAUCUGCGGCUGCAGAGAGCCGGGCGGACAAGCUUGCCAACAGAAACAAUGAGCUCAGGGAGGAGUUGAAGCGGGCUCGAGCUGAAAAGGAGAGCGGAAUCCAGGCGGCAAAGGACGAGACCGCCAAGGUCGAGGAACGGGCUAAGAAGGCCGAGGCCGAUAGGGACCGCGUUCAGCACGAGCUGGGUUCCCUUAGGCACCAAGUCGCCGAGGCUGACAGAAACCUCACUGCUGCGGAAAAGGCGCUGAACGACCUGAAGGCAUCCCAUGCGCGCUCUGUCAGUAUUGCCCGGGCUCAAAGGGCAGAGUGGCUGGUGGGCUCGGCUACGUUCCAAGACGUAGUGGCGGUGGCGUCUGCUAACAUGACCAUGGAGAUCUACAAUGAGAUCCGUGGUAAGGUGCUGCACCACCGCCCGGACUUCCCUAUACGCGAGCUAGCGUUCUUCAACGGAGAGGAUAUUGAUGAGCAGGGUAAGAGCCUUGCUCCCCUCGCUGAUACUACAGUGCGGCUGAGGUGGGACCUCAAUGAAGAGGGAGUACCUGUCUGGCCUCCCUCAAUUUUGGAAGAGGGGGAGGACCCAAUGGGUAUGCCCUCGUUUGAUGGAUGGGUGGAGGGGGUUCCUGUUGCUGAGCAGGAGCCGUUGAGUACUCCUCCUAACUCUCAGCCCUCCAUGGCGCCACCUGUCGAAGCACCAGCUCCCGAGCUUGCUACUCGCUCGACUCCAGCUCGCUCCUCUCCUCCAGCUCGCUCUUCUCCUCCGGCGGCUGAUGCGUCCAUGCCUGUCGACCUGACGGACGAUUAGGCUUAGAGAUUUUGUUGUUUCUUUUGUAUUUCUUUUGGCCUUCUGUAUUUUUUGUAUUUGAUCAAAGGAUCUAUUCUAGAUACAUCUUAAAUGUAAAAAGCUUUGAUGAAAUGCAAAUAUGAACUUCCUUUUGAAAUUUUUGUAUUGUCAUUUACACAGUUUCUGUACGUUGUCAUUUACAAUUGCUGGAUAACAAUCUGAAUAAAAUGGCAGAACACAU